AAACCGGUCCGACCUCCGGCUUCAAUCCUCAGAUGCAUAUGGCUGUGCCCUAUUCUUCUCUCGCCCGCCUAAUUCCAGCUGGUCUGCGUAUUAUUGCCCUUUCCUUUCAUUGACCGUUUUCUUUAUUCGUUUAUUUGAAUAAUUUAUGUCCACCCAUUCUCGUGCUGGUGGGCUACCCAGCAAUCCCCAGCGCUCUCGUUCAACAAGGGAUCGUUCCCGACUUGAUGAAGAGGAUAGCUACCAUCGAGCGCCAUUUCUACCGUGUCAAGUUCGCCCUCAGAAAUCUACCCCAUCCAUACGCAUGCAAGGCGGUCGUUCUCGCCCACCGCCUUUGCCACAGGCGCGAUGGGCUUCUUCGUGCUCGAAUCACCCCUACGACCAUCUAUCUGACGCCACUUCUUAUCACCCGUCUGGCCAGUCGUCGGCUUCCUCGCCUGCUCCAUCACUAUUCAGCCGCAUGAAGCCUACCGCAAGCUAUUCGUCUUCUCUCACAAGCCUUGACGACGAGGAGCAACGGUCAGCCGGGAACCCCGGUCACUCUCUUCGUACUCGACGGCCUAUGCGGUCAGAUGCCAAAGUUGAACCGACCUAUGUUCUAUCGCAAGCCACUUCGGCAGAUACUGGCGACGGUGCCACGAUUUGGAGUCGGGUUGCCACAGCAGCAAGUACUCUGACCGUCAGUGUUAGCAAAGCCUGGACUACUAAUGUUACAACAAUGUCAGGCGAGGAAACGCCUCCAGGGCAGGAAUCGCGACUCACGCGUGCAAUGAAAGCCUACCACAUUGAAAAAGCUCGCAAUCCCUCUGAUCUGCCUGCGUGGCUCUUUGAUGAACAUGAGCGUACUCCGCUUCCUCGAUAUGAUAGAUACGAGGUCGCUGAGAAUCCAAUUACCGAGCUACCGCGUCCCAAAGGUCUCCGCGACGCCUACGAUACAGCAACUGUCACUGCUUCCACACCCUCAAACUCGGAACGAACACGUGGGCCUAAUUAUGUGGACGAUGUCCAACCAUCGAAAGCCACAGAUCGUUUGAAGGCGCUUCGCGACGCCAAACGCAGUGCAGUCAAACCACGGACCAUGAUGUCGGCGAACGAGACCGGAUUGGAUUAUCGUCAACCUGCAACGAGGUCACAGCGAGGUGACUGAUUGGAUGAUGAACGACCUAUUAGAUUCUAUCUUUGAUGCAACCGCGUGUACAGAACCGGAGAUGUGGUACAGAGAAUGGACCUUAUUCUUGGUAGCUUAUCUGGAGCGUGGCACUCUUCGUUUUGUAAGACUUAUCUUAUUGAAUACCAGUGACAAUUUGUUGUACAGCUGUACAGGAAAGGGGACCUUUUGUAUACGCGGAAAAGCGAUAGUGGCAUGUCGUUUCGAAAACAAGGUAGCAACUGGCGUCCGAGAUGACCGUUUACGGAUCGGCAGAUUGGAACAUGAGCAACAUGCGU